AGAUAUUCAACUUUCUAAUCGAUAAUUUCACUCAAUCAAUCUUAAUCUGUUUUCUUCAUUUAUUGUAUUCUUAGCUAAUUUAUUUCAUUCUCUACUUAAUUUGUAUUCUUAGUUUAUUCCUUUUCUUAUUUCUACCUUAUUUUUUCAUCUGUACUAAUUAAUCAUUUAAAGUAAAAUGAGUUACGAUCCAAUUCAUGAUACUUAUGUUCCAAGUGUUUCCUCCAAGAUUCAUCAUUCACCUCCUUCCUCCACAAGCCAAGCUUCAUCGAAUGAUAAUAUCACAAGUAAUCAUCUUUCUCCCAAUGGUAAUGCUUAUUCUCCCAAUGGUAAUGCUUAUUCUGCCAAUGGUAAUGCUUCUCCUUCCAAUGGUAACGCUUCUCCGUCCAAUGGUAAUGCUUCAUCUCCGUCUCGUAAAGCAUUGUCUAUUGAAAGCUUAGUGAGUCCUGCUAAUGCCCACGCUUCAAUACUAAACCCCGAACCUCAUGACGAUGUCGAAGAAGAUGAAGAUGACGACGACGAUGACGAUGAUGAAACAAAAUCAAAAUCCAAAAAGAAAAGAGGUUCAGCUUCAAGUCCUAAGAACAAACUGAAAAAUCCAAAUUCAAAUUUGAAUAAACCUAUACGUCAUUUGAAAAAAUCAGAUGGCUCUGCAUUCUGGCGUAAAGAUAUUCAAUACGAUUUUUUAAAUGAAUUAUUUGAAGAUGAAAAUGUGGUCUUCACUAAUCCUUUCCCCUUUUGUAAUAUACCUACUACUAAUAAUGGUCCAAAAUUAACCUUUUCUGAAUUAUAUAUCAGAACAUUAGCCGAAUCCUCUAAAUCUUCCAAAAUUUUGAAAGAAAGGUUGAUAAGGGAGAAAGAUAUGGCUAAAUCGGUUGCGAAAGUUUGUUUAUUAGUUAAUGCUGGUAGAAUGAAUACAACUAUAAACUUUGUUCCUGAAAUGAGAUCUUCUUUGAGAACUUAUCAUUCUAUUCCCUCUUUGCAAGCUGAUCCAGUUAAUGGAGGCUCUAAACCUUUACAAGAUACCCCAAGACUAAAAUCAAUCUUAAAAGCGGUUUGUGAUGGUCAAGAUCAUAUAAAAACUGUCGGGGAUAUCAUAAAUAACCCAAAAAUCGUUAAACCAAAUACUAAUGUUAUCCAAUUAAUAUUUUUGUUGAGUAAUCAUUUCCAUAAUAUUAAAUAUCAUUACCCUGAUGACCCACUUGAUUCAAAAAAUAAUACCAAUAAAUUCAUGGAAUUCUUCUUAAGUCCUGAAAUUCAUCCCAAGUCAAGAGCAAGAAGAUUCUUAUGGUUAAUGUAUACUUAUUUAGAAACCAGUUUUGCUCCAGAAGAAUUAGCGGCAAACCCGUUUGGCUCAAAUCAAAUUCCAGAUAUUGAAAUAAUUCCAGAUUCUGAUUUUGAUAAAUUUGAUGUUGAUACUGAUUAUGAAAAAGAAUUUUCUGAAAAAAUGUAUCAAACAAGGUUAAGAUACUUAGUUGAUGAAGAACAUAAUAGUAAUCCAAAAAGGGGUAACAAAUCUAAAAAGGACCGUGAACAUAUGCAACAACAAUUAGCUAAACAUCGCAAACUUCAAGAUAGCCCUGCAGUUGAUCCCGAUUCUCUCAAUAGCGAUUCAAUGAUCGUAACAUUAAAUUCCUCAUCUAAAGAAGAUGGUAAUGAAAAACCAACAAGAAAGAGAGGUGCUUCUGAUAAACCAAAACAAAAACGGAAAGUUAAAAAAACAACUUCAAAAUCUGAACCAACAUCAAGCCAAAAUCAUGAUUCUAAUACUGUACCUAAUAAAGCUUCUAAAGGUACAACUUCCAAGAAUCAAAAUAAAGCUAAAGAUCCAAAUGGUGAUGUAAAACAAUCACCAAACCAAGAUAUACAAGAAAUGGAAGAAGAAGAAGAAAAUAACAAAUUAAAAUCAAAAUUAUACCCUAAUGGGCCCAUUGACGAUUUAGAAAAAAUAUUUAAAACUUAUGUAUCAUCGAUUCCAAUUAUCCCAUUAACGAAAGAUAGUAAGUUGUCAAUGAGUAAUCGAAAUUCAGUGAUUAAUAAAUCUAAAACAAUAAUUCGCCAGGUUAGAAACUCGAAUAGGGCUGCCACCGUUCUUUUCAAUAAAAGACUCAAGCUUUUGAAUGAAUGGUUAGUUAAAUUCUUUCAAUAUAAAAAAUCUACUCAUAAUGGUUUAUUAGGUAUGGAGUGGGAAGACAUUCGUCAAGAUAUUACUUCUGGUAUUGAAACUUAUACUUAUCAACAAUUAGGUAAAGCUUUUACUUCCAACAAUGACUCGUCAAAUUCAAAUAAUAUUACUGGAAACAUACCUACUAUUAACGUUAUAAAUUCAAUUCAUGGUAGUGUUGGUACUGUUGAUUAUAAUAAUAUCGAUUUAUUCGAUUCUGGCUACUUAUCUAUACAUGAUUUCAAUCAUGCAAACGAAAAAAAUCAUUUUUUGGCUACAUUACUAUCAUUUUGUAGUGAGUGGUUAUUGGACAUUAAUGACAGAGAUGAUGAUACUUCUGGUGAUGUUAAAUUAGAUUUACUUAAUGAAACUAUCAAUUUCGAUUAA